AUGUAUCUGUUAAGAUGUAUCACGAUAUCGAACAUUGGAUUUUUCGACAUCAACGACAAGCACGUGGAAAAAGCGGUUUCACAAGACACGUUGUUCAUCCAUGGCAAUACGCUCAGUGGUGGGAGUGUCGCGUCUCUCCCCGUGAAGCAUGCGCAUAGACCACGUCACAGCAGCAGCAACUGCACUGAUGCUUGUGGUUCAAGAACCUCCGCCGGGAACUCGGCAGGUAUCUCUACAAUCUGCGACGAAAGCUGCUCUGUGAAAUGGUCAUCGACAGGACCACGCUUCGGGGGUCACAACUGUGGUGCAGGUAACGCUUCACAGUAUGGCAGCAACUGUCGGCUUUGCUACACCAACAGUGAGGAGGCCUCGACCGCAGAAAGCAUGCUUGCGUUGUCCUCCGUAGAUACCUUGGCGUCGGAUGCCCAUGUCGUCAUGUGCGGCACGAGGAACCCACCCUCAGGUCCAAGCUGCUCUGCUGGGUGCGAGAACACCAUCGACACGGUGUGUGACUAUCGUUGUGGAAGUGGGCUCUACGGCGAUCUUCACUGCAACUGGAGAGGUCUUGGAAAGACGUGUCGUCUGUGCUUCCACGAUGAUUCAGCGGCUUAUCUUGCUGAUGAAGCCGUAAAAGCUCAGGGUGGACGGGUGAUCCUAUGCAACACCCUUGAGCCCCCACGUUCUAUUGGGUCUGAAGCGGAGGCAAGGAGAAACAAUUCUGGGGGUGGCAGACUUGCUUCCUCCAUCCCGGAGAAUGACGAUCCAAUCGGUUGGCAGACGAACGGUACUAUUAGCGAUCCUGUCCCCACGGUUCUCUCCAGCAGCAUGGGUGGUCAAAUGUGCGCGUUCAUGCGUGGCUACUUCGAAUUCUUGUCUGAGACGAUAAUCUCAGUGCGCAGCGUUCUGGAUUUCAUGCCGGCGAUGCGCGUGGCGAUUGUAACGCAUCCAAGAGACUUCCAUGUGUUCAACAGGUCAGAGUCCUUCGCCCUUUCCAUGAGGCUAACCCUAGCCCCAAGCCGAAUCGGACCGCCGAACGAGUUUCCCAAACAAUCGGUUGAGUUCGGCCAUCUGCAACACGUAUCGAUUGGAAAUUCGUCGAGCGUAGAGUAUGGCUCUCUAAUGGCAGACCAGCUUUGUGGCAACGGAACAAGGUUGAUCUAUUACAUGGAAGUCGGGCAGGUCCUCAGCCGCACCUUCACACUCAAGGGCACACAUACCGCUCGGCAAGAGUUGAUCGUGUCUUUCGCCGACGCACGCGACGUUCACCCAGAGAAUGUACGACGCGCGAUGGGCAGCACCGUUCUUUUAGGGUUCCCUGCGCCGACAUUUACCCACGGAAGUGACCUAAUUCUUCCCGCUGAAACAAACGGACAACUUCGCGCGUUGUUGGGCACGAAAACACGCCAAGGGAGGAGACUAGAAGCUGGUCUCCACGGCGCUGAACUUGACGUGGAGGACCUCUACGCUUACCUAGCGUCGGUGGCCGACCUUCACAGAGAAUCAACAUCGAUUUACGUCCCGGAGGUGCUCGCGGCCUUGGCGUACCUCCAAAUGCCAGGGGAGGUGCAUUUCGUCAAUAUUCGUGCGUGGAGUCGGGAGAACCUUUUUUCGGUUCCUUCCAUCUGGGACAUUCCCAUGGUGAAGCCUCGUUUUGGCUGCUCCUUCGAUACGGCUCUAAGCCUGAUGGGGUAUCGCAUGGACGACUUUAUCGCCAAUGAGCUCGAGGCGUUCAAGUGGGGGGCAAAGUGUGAGCUCGGGUUUAAAUCGGUUAAGGCCUCAGACUUGGAAGUCAAGGUUGACUGGGAAUUCGGGGCAGAGGGAGCAAACGUGCCUGUACGGAAACUGGCGGGCUGCAACAUCUCUGUGAUGUACCGGACGUUCUCUGGAGAUGCGAGACUGUUCAACAUGUCAAUCGCUACGGUCAUUGAGCGCUUUCCAAGCGCUUUGGAAGUGGUGGCCGUCGUAGUGGAAGCUGACGUGGCGCUCUUCGAGGGUAUUGUCAAGCCUCUCCGGGCCACAGCACCAUUUCCCAUUCGCGUUGUCGCGGAGCCACAGCUAAUGGACGGCAACAUUCAGCAAAAAUACUCAAAGCUGAGGGCCGACUUGUACACGAAAGGAGACUACAUCUUGCACAUGGACUCGGACGUGGUCAUGUUCGAGGAUCUGACUUAUCGGCACAUAUUUCAUCUCCGCAAACCUGUUCUACCCUUCCGCCGAUACAGAAACGAAACAGGAGUGGAAGGGCUGACGACGAUCAUGUGCUGGCAGAACGGGACGUCGUUUGCGAUUGGAGAGGACGUCGUGCACGAGUUUAGUAUCUUCAACACCCACGUGUACCCCCGAUCGAUGUACCCAGCUGCUCGAACGUUCAUCGAGCAGCAUCACGGCAUGGCUUUCGUCGACUUCAUGUCUACCAGGCGCGGCAGUUGCCUUCACCCGAACAACAUGGCAAAGUUGACAAUGGACGAGCGAAGGCUGAUGUUUUCAGACUUCAACUACAUGGGGGCAUAUCUGUGGUACCACAUGCAUGAUGCGGUCUAUUGGCUGGCCGCGGACCCAUACGACACUCGGCCAGACGAUUGGCGUCCUGACAUCAUUCAGUACGCAUGGGUCUGCCAGGCAAACGGACGUCAUGUCCCCAGUGAUGCAGAAGGCCUUAAUCAGUACCUCGGCGACUACCGCAUGGUCAAAACUAUCACUCAGUGUGAGAUAGUGAAAGCACAUUGGAAAAAAGGUUCGAUGAAAUCUCCGGCCACACGACCUAAGAUUGACACGGAUUCAAAAGAAUGGGCCGCUUCCGCCUCGUCUGACAUUACACCGAACGCAUAGGACGGGAAUCUUUCCGACAACCACGGCGAGGAUAUGAUGUAAGGACAUUUUUGUAGGGUUUGAAGGAAGUGGAGCGGGUAGUACGCGAGGAAUCAAAUAACUCAAAAACGUAUCGAGCACGCUAGUUGUCGAUGAAAAACGUGGAGGGAGGAAAGUGUUCCAGAACCCCAGACCUUUUGGGUGGGAUGUUGGACUUGUAGUUCAAGUAUCAAAGCGGAGUGCAUUGGAAACGAUGCCGAAGGGGCGGAUGUAUCAGCUCAAGGGUAUGCGAGGUGUCGCUGGACUCAGCCG